AUGCUGAAGCAGGACGCCACUGACCGAAACCAUUUCCUUUCCUGGUGCGCAAACCACGAGAUCCGGUGGAAGUUCAUUCCGCCACGUGCGCCUCAUUUUGGAGGCCUCUGGGAGGCUGCGGUGAAGUCCGCGAAGACCCACCUCCUCAAGGAAAUUGGCAAUACGAAUCUUGCCUACGAGGAUAUGCUCAACUUACUAGCGCAGGUUGAGAUGUGCCUCAAUUCGCGACCAUUAACGCCCCUGUCCUCAGAACCAUCGGACCUGGAAGCCCUGACACCUGGUCACUUCCUGGAACAAACUCAGCGCCACCUUCAACGAAUCUGGGCACGUUGGUACCCGGAAUACCUCCAGCAGCUGCAGUCCAGGGCUGUUCAAGACUGCAAAUCACCUAGCAAAAUCGAGAUCGGAUGGCUUGCCGUGAUCAAGGACGAUUGCCUACCACUCGCUCAAUGGCCCCCGGGCAAAAUUGUGAAGGUCCAUCCUGGGAAAGACGGGAUCGUCAGAGUGGUCACGCUGAAGACUGCCUCCUCGGACAACGUCAUGCAACCCGUCGCGUGGAUUGCCUUGCUACCAAUACCCAACGAUCAGUCCGAUGCAACAGUCGGAGACCAUUAG